CGUGUACUUUUCCCUCACGAAUCUGUUUCUAUAAUAUUCAUCUAUCUAUCUCAUGGAUAAUUGCUUUGUGUUCUCUCAUUUGCAUUUAUAUUUCUGUUUAAUGUAGACAUCCUCGAUAACAAAUUCUCAUUUUUUAUAUCUUCUUCCGAUUAUCUGAUUUUGAAGAGAAAAAAAAGAAGUAAAAUCGUCUGAAAAACUACUUUCCAUGGGAUUUUUUUCUCUAAUUAACAUAAUGUAUUUGUGAUAUUAAAUUGACGUGGAAAACCAUAAUAUUUUAUUUUUGUGAAUGACGUGAUUUUCAUCGAAAAGCGACAAGGAAGACCACACACAGUUUUUCCAUAAUGUAUAACUAUAAUUCCGUGAUAAUUUGUUUAUUUUUUGUGAUCUGACCGCAACCUAAUAUAUUCAGUGAUAAUUUUUACUUAAAUAUAUCGUGAAAAAAUCUUAAACGUGAAAAAGCAUCGCAAGAAAAUAUUGAAAAGAUAGUGCAAAAUAGCAUCCGAAUUAUUUUUGUCAUAUAUAACGCUGGUGAUUUAAUUUACUGCGAAAAAUAGCUAGGAAGAAAACAAAUCAAAUUAGAGUCAAAGAGGAACAAUAUGAUGGUGUUUUCAAGGCUUGUGACACCAGAUAAAGGUUGAUCUUAUUUGCAUUGUACGUUAAAUAGACAUAGAACGACUACAGUGAAAAGAGACUGAGAUAGAAAAUGUUUUAAAGAUAAAAGUCAAAUGGUGCAAAACGAGUACACAGAGAAUGUAGAGAAUAAAAGAGCAAAAAAAAAAUAGAAACAAUACAUACGGUGUGUGUACGAUACGAUUUUAAUCAUUGAAAUGAAAAACACGUCAGUUUUAUCGGGACCGAAGAGCGAAUUUUGAUAAUUGUGUCGAGAUAGUGAGAGCAACAGUGACUGUGUUAGAGUAACGGAGAGUAAAAGAGAGAGGGAGCAAGAGCGAGAGUAAAUUUAUUUUUUCUCUUGUGUAUGUGGUGUUUGUUAUUGACUGAUGAGAUAAAUUACCGCAUCAUCUUAAAAUUGAAGGAGGAACAGCAGAAGAAUAAGAAAAAAAUGAAUGUUUCAAUCAUUGAUGUAUGCGAUGAGGAUAAUAUGACUACGUUCAAUUGUUCACGAAACGACUUUAUCGCACACGAGCGUGGACCACAAAUGCAAAAUCUAUUGUAUGCGAUACCAAUAACACUUGUCUAUUCGUUAAUACUAUUGGCUGGCAUUGUUGGAAAUUUAAUCGUUUGCAUUGUCAUCGUACGCAAUUCAUCAAUGCAUACGGCAACCAAUUACUAUCUGUUCAAUUUGGCUGUUUCGGAUAUGGUAUAUUUGCUAUUUGGUUUACCAUUUGAUAUAUUAGUAUAUUGGCAUCAAUAUCCCUGGCUAUUUGGAUUACCAUUUUGUAAAUUUCGUUCAUUAUUGACAGAAGCAUGUUCGUAUGUAAGCGUAUUGACAAUCGUUGCAUUUUCAAUGGAACGCUUUUUAGCGAUAUGCUAUCCAUUGCAUUCGUAUACAAUGAGCGGUUUAAAACGUGCCGUUCGUAUUAUAGCUGCUAUAUGGUUAAUAAGUCUAUUGAGCGCAACACCAUUUGCAUAUUAUCGUACGAUCAAUUAUAUACGAUAUCCACCACCGAAUAACUAUACGGGCGAACAGUCAAUUGAUACACCCGAAUCAGCAUUUUGUGGAACAUUUUCAUCACCGCCCGGCCUAUAUCAAACAUCAACCAUUGUCUUUUUUACCAUACCAAUGUUGAUUAUUUGCAUACUGUAUACCAAAAUGGCCAUUGAAAUUCGAUCACGAUCAAAGCAUACCAAAGAGUUGGGCAUCCGUUCGACCGGCACCAGUGGUGGUUCAACGAAACAAUCGAAAUCCAGACGUGCCAUUAUCAAAAUGUUGGCAGUUGUUGUGCUCACAUUUUUCAUUUGUUGGACCACAUUUCAUGCACAACGCAUUGUAUCGAUUUAUGGAAAACGUUUCGAAUUGAUACAUUCGAUUUUAUUUGCAAUUUCGGGAUUUUUCUACUAUUUUUCGUGUACAAUAAAUCCAAUCAUCUAUAAUAUGAUGUCGCAUCGGUAUCGUGUCGCAUUUCGUGAAACUUUAUGCGGUAAAAAGCAACAUAAACUUAUAUCAACACCACGACAAUUAUCGCGAAAAACAACCGGCAGUGGUGGUGGCAGUGGCAAAGGCCACGGCAACAGCUUAGAUACUGGUGACACCGAUGUUGCAAUGCUUGCUACCCAAUUGAGCGAUCCAUUUGAUGCAGAGACUGGUUCAUUUCCACGUACACGAUCGUUGCGACUCUCACAAAAACGAAUGCAACGCACGGCCAGCGUUCAAAGCAGAGCAAUCAGCCUAAAUGGAUCCCAAAAAGAACCCAAAGAUACAGCCAUCAUCACAUGAACGUCCAUCAGUAUUAAAACAAGUCACCUAUUUCAUAGAUACACACACGGCAUAAAAAAAAAUGAAUCUUGAACAACUCUAUUUUAUGUCGAUUUAAUAAAACAAAAUACAACGAAAUGAA